AUGUGUGCCAUUUGGCAUACAGCGAGCCAUGAUACGAUAUUUGCAGAAAGUACACUAAUCUAUGUGCAGAGUCUAGAUAAAGCCUUCGCGCUGCCAACGUUCGCCAAAGAUUUCAAGUCACUUGCAACCCGCAAAGCCAGGCCCACCGAUGCGGACAAGCGAGACCUCAAAGACUCUCGCUUCACUGGCUUUUCCCUCUACCAAAUGAAUGACAACUGGUUACACGUUCGGAAGCUCUUCUCCGCCCUCACUGUGUACAAGAGUAGCACGUCAGCUGCGGUUCAAGCAGCUGAACGAGACACCAUGAUGGUCAUCGCUGCAAUGAAAGGCGCGGCCACGGAUCCAACCCCUUGGCUCCUAGUGCUAGACUACGUUUUGCGCGAUUGUUGGCAGGCUAUCCUCAAGACUCAAGGUUCCGCUGCCCAAGGUUCCAUCGAAGAAGACGCAAGGGUCAUAUUCUCCAACAUUUUCAGCGAGCUAUGCCUUUUCGCGCACGGUACUGCAGUGAAUGCUAUCGUCAUCCGUUACCCUCUCUCUGCCCAAGUGACCGGGAGUUACACCCCAGAGAGCAUGGCCAAGCACUUGGAUGCAUGGUAUCAGAUGCUGUACGACUUCGACCCUAGAUGUGCGAACCCAUCUUGCCUUCGUCUGCUUCCCAACCCUUCAACCGUUAAGGGCAAACUCAAGUUCCGCACGCUCUUCUCUGUGGGCACACGUCAAGCCCGUGUUGGCAAGCACGGUUCUCGUGCCUUCAUCUCCACCAAUCGGCUUUAUGCCCAUCCAUGCCUGUACACCGCCAUCUACGGCCGGAAGUAA